AUGUUAACCCUCCACUUGCUGAUUCCCGCCGCCAUCGUGCUCAUCCCCGCCGUCGUCGUCUUCCGCGCAGUCGUUGCCUACCUUCAAGACCCCAAAGGGCUCCGUAAGUAUCCAGCACAGAACUACCUCUCCGCCUUCACCAAAUUAGGCUACUGCUGGGAGUUAGGUCGCAAGCACCCCGUCAUCCAUUCCCGCCGUCUCUUCCUCGACCACACGACCAAGGGCCACAAGGUCAUCCGUCUGGGUCCAAAUUGGAUCUCUUUCGGCCGUGCUCGUGCGGCCCGCGAUAUAUACGGCUUCACUUCGUCGGCCAAGAAGUCCGCCAUCUAUGACCAGCUAUCCGGCGGAGGGGGCGCUCAUCUGGCCAACAUUAGCGACAAGAACCUGCAUAAGUUCCGCCGGUCGAUGGUCUCACAUUACUACGCUCCCAAGCACCAGCGCCAUUGGGAGGAGUCAUGGGUGUUGGACUCCUGUGCCGACUUCAUGAAGGCAAUCGACGUCCAUUGUACCAAGCCCAUGGGUCCAUACGAACAGCCAGACCCGGCAGACGUCACGCUGGACUUGGUGCACUGGGGUUACACAUACGCCUGCGAGGUCAUGAUCAAGAUUGGGAUGAGCAAGGAUCUGCAUCUUCUCGACAAGGGGAAUAACAACAUCGAGAUCGAAGACCCCGACGGCACCAAGCGCGAGAUCAGCAUUGUCCAGUCGCUCCAUUGUGCGGGCCGGGCAGCCGCCAACCUGAUCUGGGACACCAAGCGCUUCACUACGUGGGUCAAGUUAAUGAACCGGGUAUCCAAAGAAUACGCACGCAACCUCAAAGGAGGUAGUGAUUGGCACGCCGCAAUGACGAAGCUCGUUCUCGAGCGAAUGGAGCGCCAUCGGCAUGGGGAAAUACUCGAUGACCUGUUUAUGCCAUGGAUGGAGGGCAAAGAUGGCGGUGAACCGGACAUCAGUACGCGGGAUCGGAUCGCAGGCACCACACAAGAAAUCGAGCAGAUGGUUGGCGCCGCGAUUGACGCACCGGGCGGUUCCGUCGCGACCACGAUUUACAAUCUUGUCAAAGACCCUCGUACAUUCAAUAAGCUGCGUGAGGAACUCGAUGCUGGUCUCCCUCCGCAUCGUGCUGUGGCUACGUGGCAACAGGUCAAGAGCAUGCCGUAUUUGAAAGCCUGCAUUGACGAAGCCAUGCGUCUCCAUCCUCCGGUAGCUACGGAUCUCAUCCGUCGCACGCCACCUGAAGGCAUGGUUGUCGACGGUGUUCCAGUGCCAGGGAACACAGACAUUUCCAUCUCAGCAUAUACGUCUCAUCGUGACCCCGCCGUCUUCCCGUCCCCGGAAAAAUGGUAUCCAGACCGAUGGGUCGAAAACCGAGGAACGGAGCUGAUGAAAGACAUGCUUGCUUCAUGGAUUCCAUUUAGUGCAGGAUACAGGACAUGUAUGGGCCGAAAUGUCUCAAUCGUGAUCCAGGCUUGUGUCAUCGGGACACUGGUCCAUAACUAUGAUUUUGCCCUACCCAGCAAGGACUGGGAGUUGCCAUUCGAAGAAUGGUUCAACCUUUGGCCUACCCAGUGCCCCGUCAAGGUGUGGAAGAGAGAAAAAUUCGCCCAGCCUCAACCGGUGGCAUAA